CCUGCUGCUAUUGACGUUGUGUGUGAAUGGGACACGAACGCCAAAAUCUGGUUUCAUUCAGCAAAGCAACAAACAGCUCUAGUCGCCUCGUCGGACGGACGGACGAAGUGGGUGGAUUAUCUUUAUUUUUGACGAGUGAUAAGAUGACAUUUGAAAUAUACGAAGUAUGACGUGAUGAAAUAAUUCACUAUCAACUAAUCAACAAAACAGCUACAACGACAUGGCUGGCUUGGAAAUUACUGUGAAUCCGGAAGUCAUUCGGAAAAUCCAAGGAUAUUUCAAUGAUCCAAGUUACAAAGAAAUGGUGGAAAAUGCGGCGCAAUUCAAUUCCAGGCUUGGCGCAGAACGGACGAUGCGACUGCCGUUUUUGGAUAAUCAAACUGGCGUUGCCCAAAACCACUCUAAUCUGUUUAUGGAACCUCACCAACGCCUCCCUGGCAUGAAGGAGGGUCAAAUUUACACAUAUCCUUCAAAGAGAUGGCAAAAGAAGCGGAGACAGUAUCUCCACAAUUUUAUGCAGCCAAGGUUUAAUCUUCGGAAAGAAAAUGGCGAUGGCGGAGAGGGGCCAUCGUCGGGAGCUCUGUUGGAAAACUCCUCCUUUACAGCUGGUCCAAGUAGUGGCUCAAGUGGUGGUGUUGGGCCUAUUCCUUCUAGUACCUCAGGGCCAAUGAUUGGAGGUGCAGGGGGUGGUGGUGCAAGUUGUGGAAAUCCGACGAAUAUUCAACAAGAACAAGAGAGCAGCAACAAGGAGACGCCAAAACCUGAUCCAGAGAUCACAAAGCAAGAUUGGUUUUACGACGAGCUUGAUGUGCCAGAUGCUGGAGAAUUUGAUGAACCCGAUGCUGACUCUGAUUACGAUUAUGAGGAAAGUUAUAGCAGCAAGAGAAAGAAAAAGAAGACCCCCGCAAAGACUCCUCGUCAACAGAAUAAGAAUAGAAGAAAGAUCACGUACGACCCUAUUGGCGACUCGGAAAAACCAUUUGCUUGUGAUUUAUGCGGAGCGAGGUAUAAGACACGCCCAGGACUAACUUAUCAUUAUACUCACUCUCACAAAGAAAAGGAAGACGAUGAAGAAGAAAUGGAUAUGGAUAAGCGUGGUGGCGAUGAAGCUUCAAGACGAAGAAGCGGAGGAGGAGGAAAUAUGCCCCCACCGAUUCUUCACCCUCAACAACCGAUGCCUCCAACACUUCAACCCCAGCAGCCCAUGUCACCGUCACAUCACAUGGGAAUGGGUCCAAUGCCUCCACCAUCAAUGAUGCACCAGCAUCACCACCAUCCUCCCCCGCCCCAUUUGGUACCUCAGCAACCUCACCCACAUAUGCCACCACAUCACCAAAUGUAUCAUCAUCAACCUCCACCAGGCAGCAACAUGCCCCCUCCUGGGAGUUAUCAUCAUCAGCAGCAAGGCAUGUCUUCCCAGCCACCCCAACAGCAACAACAACAUCCUCAUGCGGGUAGUCAUCCCGGACUUAUGGGGGGCCCCAUGGGUUCAAGACCUCCAAUUAUGCAACAUCCAGGAUCAAGUGGAGGAAACCAUCCUCAACCGGGAGGAAUGAAUCAUCCUGGUCCAGGGGGUGUGUCUUCUUCUGGGCCUUCAAAUUCAGGAGGUGGCCCAGGAGGACCAGUAACAGACGACCCAAAUUUCCCAAGAAAAAUGGAUGACGGAAAGCCUCGGGUGCCACCAUCUCCUUACUGUGACUUUUGUUUGGGGGAUGCUGUUGAAAAUAAAAAAUCUGGCAUCCCCGAAGAACUGGUGUCGUGUUCUGAUUGUGGACGGUCAGGUCAUCCGACUUGUUUGCAAUUUACAAACAACAUGAUCAUCUCCGUCAAAAAGUAUCGCUGGCAAUGCAUUGAAUGCAAGUGCUGCUCACUAUGUGGCACCUCAGACAAUGACGAUCAAUUAUUGUUCUGUGACGAUUGUGAUCGCGGUUAUCAUAUGUACUGUUUAGUACCCAAGUUGGAUGCACCUCCCGAAGGGUCUUGGAGUUGCACGUUAUGCCUGGGAGAAUUUCAUCACAAAAAGUAAAAUAUCUCGAAUCCAAAAAAUAAUAUGCGUUGUAUUUGUAUGUGUAGUGUUUGUGACAUAAGAUAAUACCUAUACCUUAUUCAAUUUUAAUAGUUAUAGUUGCAGAUUUUUUGCUAGUAUAUUUAUUCGAGAUUGGUACUUAUUAAUAUUUUUUGUUAUUAAUUUAACUUAACUAAUUUUUAUGGACUUGAUUUUUUUGUUAGAAUUUUCAAUAAAUGUGAUUUAUUUCAUUCAUGUAACAAAGUUACAACGAGUUCAAAAUAUUGAUAAAAUUAAAGAGGGCCCUCAUAAAUAUUUUGGUUUGCUGUUUAAAAAACAACGAGAUUGCCUGAAAUACAUAAUAUGCACAAGACUACAAUGUAUUUAUUGAGCAGAACAUCUUGUGUAUUGUAAAUAAAUUAGUAAGUUAAUACGGUAUGUACUUAAAAAAUCUGUGUAUGUAUAUGCAUAUUUCUUGUUUCACUUGUUUGGGACGUAUUACAUAGUAAUACAUAUUGUUUAAGCUAUUAUCAUUCAAUAGAUUAAUUACUCUUUCAUACAUAAUUAUUUUAAAUGAGUUGAUGUAUACCAAUUCAGUCUUGUUAUCAGUAUUAUUUAGAGAAAAAGAUGAAUAAACAACAAAAGUCUACC